AUGCGGAAUCUCCUCCAAUCUGCCAAGAUGGGUAUACUUUUCUCCAUUGUCUUAUGUGAGGAAGGCAGGGCCAGCCUUUGUUAUCGAGAGUGUGAUGAUAAUGACCCUGAUAAAGAACACUUUUACAGAACACUUGUUACAAAGUCAAAGACUGACCAUCCUCCCAUCAACAUGCCAUAUCGGUCAUGUACCAAAGUCAUGGUUGGUUCGUGCAACGUUUUGGUUUGUUUCUCAAUACCUCACCAUGGUAUCGAUGAUCCUAUUUAUAUAUGUAACCCUUACACUAGAGAAUACGUUAAUCUUCCAGGAAUAACUGAAAAAGAUGGCCUUGUGGUGAGCGGUUUUGGUUACCAUCAGGUUACCAAUGAGUACAAGGUUGUAAGAAUCUACAACAAAUUCUUAGAUCAGGCCUCUGCUGCACAGAUUGAGGUAUACACUCUUGGCAGUAGUCAUGGGUGGAGAAAAAUAGGAAAAGUUGCUUGCCAGUUCUUAUCAUCUCCGGGCAUCCUCGUUGAUGGAGCUCUUCAUUGGCUAGACCGCAUAUGCCGUACCAUAACGGCCUUCGAUUUGGUCGAUGAGGAGUUUAAGUUAAUCCUAUCACCACCGUGUUUAAACAAUUCAGGUAAGUAUUCUUCUUAUAGACUCCAUGAAGUGGGAGGACACUUGUGCGUCGUUCAUAAAGAGCCAAGUGACCGUGUCGACAUUUGGCUGCUAAAAAUGACGGGGAGGAAUAAGCUUUGUGAUUCUAGCAUGAAUCGACAUGAUAGCUAUGAUUCUUCGUGGAGCUGGUGUAAGGAGUUCAGUAUAGCGUGGCAGGGACUCAACAAGUGUGAAGAUUAUGAGCCAUUCGCCCUCUUGAAGAACAAUAAUGUUCUAUUGUGGUACAACAGAGCCGUUCUUUGUUGCUAUGAUUUAGAAGCAAAAACUUUUAAAAAGCUCAUGGGUGAUGCUGCUGCUGGCGAUUUGAAAUAUUUUCAAGCCAUUCCUCACAAGAAUACUAUUGUUUCCCUGAAAGCUUUAGGAGAAAAGUCCAAGCUUAGAAAAUGCAUAGAAAUCAACGAAUGGUAA